CACAGCGGCUCGAUGCCCCUGGAGGGGGUUGAAAGCGGUGGGGUGCCGCGAAACCAUAGUGUCCACAUUGCUCGUAUCGUUAGCGCGGGGAACUGAAAUGGCUUGGGCGGUGGCGGUACGCACGGAGGGGACGAGAAAAAGAAAUGGAUCGGAUCGGUGGCCACCAGCAAGGGAUACGCCAGGGGCAACGCUCGCAAGAGCAUGCCGUCGAGGGACGACUGCGGCAGGGCCGAUAAUUCCGUAAGAGAUGCAAAUCCUCUUGCAUGGGCGAGAAUCGCCGACAUGACGUACGAGACUGCGUCGAGCGUCGGAAAGCGAGGACUAUCGUGCGGAACGCGAAAAAGACGAUAUGGAACUCCCGCGUCUGUCCCCGUACUGUCACCGUGGAACCAGUACCGCCACAUGUGCAUGCAGUCAACGGACGGCACACUCCAGUGCGCCGACGGAACAACAAGCGCUUCGAUAACGACGCCAGUAGAUGGCCUGUCAUCAUCGCUAUCGUCGCUGUCAACGUUGUGAAUGGUGAUAGGAGCGUCGAUGGCGUCGUCCAGCGAGUCCAAGCAUACAUUGGCAUUGGCUUCAGCGGCGCAUGAAGCGAUGGGAACGUUUAACAACGCCAACAUGGCCGUCUGGGAGUGCAACGCAUCACCAACGUGAUGCCCUUGGAGUCGCCGCUUCAUACGUUGUCGCCGUGCG